AUGGUCGUAAAAACAGAUAUAUGCUCAUUUAGUGAAUACAAAAUUUAUCCUGGAAGAGGCUAAAGAUACUUUGCUAAAGAUGGAAGAGGUUUCUUUUUCUUAACAAAGAAAGCCAAAUCUCUUUCAUUUAGAAAAGUUAAAGCUUAAAAAAUCACAUGGACAGUUGCAAGAAGAAGAUUAUUUAAAAAAGUAAAAAGCACUGAUAUAUCACUAAGAAAAAAGAAGAAAGCAGUUGUAACUCAAAGAUCAAUUGUUGGUAUUUCCUUAGAAGAACUUAAUAAGAGAAAAAAUUAAGAUGCUUAAGUUAAAAAAGCUGAAGCUGAAAAAUAUCUAAGAGAUUACAAAUAGAAAAAAUAAUAGUAAAUUGACAAGAAAAGAAGUGAUAGAAAAUUAUAAGGAAAAGAUACUAAGAUUGCAAAAAAAUAAGAUGCUAAAAAAGUAAAGAAUCCUAAAUAAGCUAAAAAAUAAUGA